AUGGCAGCUCUUCAGCAGCUGAAGAUGUUGGAGAUGCCGCGACGAGUGGAAACAUUGCUGAAUACUUUACAGGACUUUUUGCUGCAUCCACCUUCUGACUGGCUGAAAGACACAGAGGACCUAUUCGUUCCCUCCCUUCCUGCUGUGACUUUACAGUGGACAUACCGAGACGGCCGAUUGGUUAACUUACCCGUCAGUCUCCUCGUAGAAGGUGACAUCAUCUCUCUGCGUCCAGGCAGCGAGGCCCCCACUGAGCUCAGGGGUAUCCAGGAAGAAGAACACGUCAUCCUGUCUCAAAGCGAUGUGUUCAGUCAUCUCUCAAGUCCUCCAUCCCCUCUAGAUCAUGAAAGGUCACGACCCCACCGUUUGCUCCAGCCUCAGCUUUUCAGGGUCACUCGCACUCCAGCAGUUGAAGUAGUUCAGAGGUGUUUGGAGCUUUCUCAGCACAGACCAGUCUCCGUGUUGGAUAAUGAACGCUUCACAGUCCAGAUGUUACUCGAGCGAGGUCCUGUUCCACUAGCUUUGAUGGUGUUGCUGGUCUUGAACACACUGCGCUACGUUCUGGGAGCUCCUGGAGUUGGACCGUGGCAUAUUACACUACUGCAGCUACCAGUCAAUGGCAUCCUGCCGCUUUUACCCCUGACCUUCCCGCUGCUCUGGUUCUUGGUUGGAAUAUACGGCGAAGUGCGAGUCCUCCUUCAGCUGGACCCUCAGCCAACGGCCUUGUGGGAAAUGUGGAAGCUAACAUGUGGAAAGUUUCUCGCUGUGCUUUUCGGACAAUCUUCAGCGCUCUGUCACACUGCGAGUCUGCUGCACAACCUAGGCUCUGUUACUGUGUUGUGUUGUGUCGAUAAGCAAGGCAUCCUAUCCUGGCCCAGUCCAAACCCAGAGAAGAUUUUAUUCUUUAGUAAGACUCUGUCCUCAGAGAGAGAGAAACAAAAAGAGAAAGACCGAAAGAAAACCAAAGACGACAGCUCCAAGCCCCGCCCCUUCUGUGGUCUGGAGAUGCUGAGCCUCUCGUUGGACCGGGCGCACUUUGAUGAUACUCAGGUGCAGUUUGAUGACAUGCAGUGGGAGCGCCACGCCUCUUCUCUACGUCCGCUCGGUUUGGCCAUUCAGCUGCUGCUUGGUGAUGCCACCAUGGCGACACGCAUGCUCCGCCUCUCCGAUCACCUUACCCAUGCUGCACUGCUGCGCACACGCCCACCCUGCCAGCCAGUUCGCCCACCGUGGGGCCUCUGCCAGAUCCCAAAGAUUUUGGGGUUCUCUCCUUUGGCCCAAGAACCAUUUCAACAGAGGAUGAGCGUGGCUGCUUACACCUUACCCACAAUCCCUUGCUCUGGAGAGCCAGGGGUGAUAGCCCCUCCCACUGUUUCCAUGAGACGCCUCCCGUUCUCACAUCUCGUCGCCCUGCUGGUGCACCAUGCACACACUGGUGAGUUCCAGCUGUUUUCUUAUGGCUCUGCUGAUGCUGUCCUCAGCACAUGCUCUGAAUUCUGGGAUGGAGAAGACCUCCAGACCCUGACAGACUCAGACAGAAAGAAGGUGGUGGAUUUUUACCAGCGCUCCUGCAUGGCAGGUCAGUGCGUCGCUGUGUCAUUCAAGCCACUGCUUCAACCUUAUGAUCCUGCAAUAGAUGGGAUGUGUGUAGAACUUCCACCGAGUCUGAGCAACGAAGACGCAGAGGAUGUGUUUUUGUCUCCCCUGAAGCAGCAGGUAUUCCUUGGCCUGGUUUCUUCUCAGUACCAGGUGAGACCUGACAUGGUCCGACUCAUCUCUGUACUGGACAGCGCCUGCAUUCGCUUCGUUUAUUUCUCGAAUGAGGAAGAGGUUCGGAGCAAGGUGUUUGCUGAAAAGAUGGGAUUAGAGACUGGGUGGAACUGUCACAUUUCUCUGCAGUCAGAGUGUUUCCCUCUCGAUCCAGAAAACAUUCAUAUAACAGAAAGAGAGGAAGAGGAAUCUCAUCUGAUUGGGGAGUGUGUGAGAGAGGAGGCAGAGUCAAGGUCGAUGGAGCAUGAAAGCACGUUUCUGACUGAAGAUUUGAACAGGGCUAAGCUGCCCAAAGGUAUCGAGAACGUCCGUCCUCACCUAGAGAACAUCGAUAACGUCCCACUGCUGGUCCCUUUAUUCACAGACUGCACAUCUCAGACUGAGUGUGAGAUGGUAUGUAUCAUGCAGGAGUACGGAGAAGUUGUGUGUUGCCUUGGCAGCAGCCAGAACAUCAACAACAACACCAUCUUCCUUCAGAGUGACAUCAGCAUCGCUCUAGAGCCACUUGUCCCCAUGUGCUGUCCGUCAAAUAACGACACCCACCCGAGAACUCAGAGCCAACAGAGCGCUGUGAGUCUGAGUCAGCUCUCCAGCGCCAUCUGUGGGUUAGCCUCCACUGUGCAGCUGCACCAACAGGACAACAAUGCCAUCAUCAGACUGAUCAGACAGGCUCGCCAUACCACAGCUGGGAUCAGGAAGUGUUUCCUGUUUUUGCUUCAGUCUCAGCUGUCGCUCGUUCUUCUCCAGAUGCUGGCAUGUAUGUGCCAACUGCCUCCUCCUCUGGCUACCAGUGAUGUUCUCCUUCUCUCAUGUUGUUAUUACCCAUUGCUCAGUGUGUCACUACUGGGAAAACCAUCUGACAACUCCAUCAUGAAGGUUCCUACCGGAAAGAAUCUGAGAUUCCUACCAAAGAAGACGCUGCGUUUCUUCAUGCUCUGUUUCUCGGUGAAGUUUGGCCUGACUGUGUGCAUCUGUUUAACAUGCUUCGGACUUUUACUUCAUGCUUUCUGCCUGGAAAUAAAUCACGAGGUUGAGAAACUGUGUCACCCAACAGCUCUACUCAUGAAUUCUACAGUGUGGUCCCCAGACUGGUACGGCAAACACUCGCAUGGUCUUUCUCUGGGACAGAAAGUCAUUGCCUUGCUCGUUCUUCUAUAUGCCAUGUGCGCAUCUGUGAGUCAUGUACAUCGGUCAGCGCCUUUGUGGAAGCAAAACCCUCUGAGCAACAAAAGCUGGUGUGCUGUUGUCUGUACGCUACCCUUCCUGAGUGUUUCCAUAGCAACUGGUUCCCGCCUCCUGUGGCAUGACCCCACCCCUCACCACACUUUUCACAUCAGUGAUAUACCUCUGGUAACCUGGUUGCUAGGAAUUCUUUGGCUCCUCCCCCUCAUGUUUAUUAAUGAGGGAAUAAAACUGCAUGAGAUCAGGAUGAGGGUGAGGUACCAGAAGAGGCAGAAGCUGCAAUUUGACACCAAACUUGGAAUGAAUUCUCCUUUCUGA